CAAAAGCUACAAUGACUUGAGAGUGAGAAAUGGUGUGAAGGGAACGCGAAUCAUCAAAAUACCUUGAAGAACUCGCAAAAUAUGACAAAUAUGGAGUUCAAAGAAGAGAUAAUGUGAUCAGAAAUUGUGUGCAGCAAAGCAAAUGCAAGUAGAAGAAGGAAAUUGGCACAAAAGUUUUCAAUAUUCUCACACGAAACGCGGGAGAAUGAAGAAAUUACACUAUCUUAAGCGCUCAGAUAAAGUUCUGGAUCUAGAAGUGUUUGAAGAUUCUUCAUAAAAAUGGCAGAAGUGACAGAAAGUGCUGUACACAUUUCAAGCACACUCUCUUCCUCCCAGUUUAGUUUGUCAAGUGCGCUCUCGGAAAGCUCAACUCACUCGCAAGUCAAUCAAAGCGUGCGCUUAUCCACUCUGUUUUUCGCUAACGUUGUGGCUUUUUUUUCGGCGCGAAAAUAAAUUUUGUCGCUCUUCCAUUGAACUUGACAGAACGGUGCUAAUAAUGCUGGUCUGAGCGAGAAUCCCAGAGGCAACCUUGGAAACUCUGCAAAUCAGAUGAUUAACAUAGCGAAGGGCCUUGAAUCCCACCGACUUGGCGUACGCUCUUCGUGAGGUUUUUCACUACGCACCCAAUUCUUUCCGUGCACUCCAAUAUAAAGGCGACGCCACGAUAAGAAUUCGGGCCAGUUGACUGGCGUUCUGCAGUUGAGGAAUCCAGCUCUGGUGCACCAUCGUGGUAAUAAAUGACGAGCACCUGUGAAGUCGACAAGUCGAGCGCUCUCAAUCGCCAUGAUUGUGUGUAAUUUUCGCGCGGGAAAAGUCUCUCAAUCGUUGUGUGAAAAAGUUCUCCUUUUGUGCUUGCUUGCGGAAUUUCCUCUCGCCACAGCCCUCAUUAGAAUCUACUGGAAUGUUCCGACUUUUAUGUGCACAAAGUACGGGAUUCACUUCAAUGACGUGGAGAAGGAAUUCGGUGUAAUCCAGAAUGUGAACGACACAUUUAGGGGAAAUGAAAUUUCCAUCCUCUACGAUCCGGGAAACUUUCCUGCCUUGCUGGAGAACUCGUCGUCAGGGCGACUCGUGAAGCGAAACGGCGGCGUUCCGCAGGAAGGCAGCCUGGCUGAGCACUUGAAGAUCUUCAGCAAGCAUUUGGAUGAACUGAUUCCCAACAAGGACUACGAGGGACUCGCUGUGAUUGACUUUGAGUCGUGGCGCCCGGUUUUCCGCCAAAACUUCGGCACUCUGCAGCCGUACAGAAACCUCUCGAUUCGCAUCGAGCGAGAGAAGCAUCGAAAUUGGCCGCAUCGUGAAAUCGUGAAAGAGGCCGCCAAAGUGUUCGAGAGCGCCGGCAGGAAAUUCAUGGAGCAGACACUGAAGAGGGCCAAAGCGGCGCGCCCCAAAGCACUCUGGGGCUACUAUGCAUUUCCCUACUGCUUCAACGGCAACUCGCGUGAUCCGCUUUCCUGCUCAAGUGAGGUGCAGCAGGAAAAUAACAGAAUCUUGUGGCUGUUCGAGAACUCAGACGUCAUUCUGCCCUCGGUGUAUCUCACCGAAGCCUGGGCGCCCAACAUGCGGAAGAGCAUCGUGAAGGGCCGCGUCGGCGAGGCGAACAGAGUCGCGCGGGCCACGCACAAGAAGCCGCGACCUCAAGUGCUGACAUACAUUCGCUACGCCUACACAGACACCUUGAACUUCCUGAGUCAGGCUGACUUGUACGACGCAUUCAGCGUGAUGGAUCAGAAGAAGUCCGAUGGCAUUCUCUGGGGCAGCUCCAACGACCUCAAUUCACACGCCAAGUGCCAGGGCUUCAGGAGGUAUCUGGAGGAUCAAUUGGGCCCCAUUCUUCGGAUCUUCACAAAACCAAAGUAUUCAAUUCAGGGCGUCAUUCAUCAACAAUGGCAUUGACUGCACGGAGCGUGAGUGAAUGCGAGCCGGCGAAAAUUCCGUGUCUUUUCACCGUGUGUUAAAUUAAAUUUCACUCCCAUUCAAGCCAUUCACAAUCUCACAAACAUCAUUUUCCACCCACUCGAUAUGUGAUUUCACGCCACAAUCGCCAACAUAUUGAGACAGCUCGAGUGAUGUCAAGGAAAAGAUAAAUAAAUUGCGCUAAUCAAUUGUCGUCUGGCCAUUUUUUACCCAACAAACGAAAUGAAUUUACACGUCUAAUAGUGAGAAUUCCAGUCUGAGACACGAAGAAGUGGAAUAAUCUGGAAAAUUCUUGAUUUUUACGUAUUCAGAUUAAAGCAACACAGAAUUGAAAUGAUAAAUAUGACGCACACGAUUAAGAAACUUCUUGCAAAACCACAGCAAAUGAAUGGAAGUCUGAACUAUUUUCAUCUUAGCCAUAAUUGACUACUCUGUAACCACGCAAAUGUAAAAACAACAUCGCUUUUUAUUGUGUAAUUUCCAAAUUGGACAGCAGAGCAAGAAACAUAAUUAAUUUCCCAAAACUGCGAAAGAUCAAAGUGGCGAGAAACUUGGAAUUUUCCACAAAUAUUCUGGGGUGAAAUGUCAAGAAUUGCGCUCAUGUGAAAGACUGAGAAAUUCCUCGUGAUGUGGGGCUGUGAGAUGAUUGUGAGCCACAGAAAGGGCUCGUGAAAUAAUUUUCCACAGACGCGAGCUUCAUUUCCACUUAAUAAAAAUUCAGUA